AUGCCCCAACCAUCUAGCGUCAAGUCGUCUGGCACGGCUUCAGAACCUACGAUGGCGGAUAACGAUCGCGGGCCCGAAUCCAAAGCAGAGGUGGAGAUCAGUGGGCGCGAGAUCAACCCCGCUACCACCUCAAGUUACGUUGACCACGACCCGGUCGAGGACUUGAGGCAGCGGCUCUCGCAAUGGGGUGAGUCAAGUGUCUACCAUGGCUAUGAUGAUGAAGAUGAGCAAGGGUCCGAACAUGAACUUCUCUUAGAUCCCAACCUGCCCGAAGAGUACGAGACAAGGAUCAGCAAGGUGGGCUCGACGCCAACCGCAGAGGUCGACGAUGAGCUCGCAAUGAAGAGGGAGGAGGAGGAGGACUCGCCCUACCCAGAAGUGCGUGCCGCCGUUCGCAACUACGACGAGGACGUCCCAUGCAACACCAUUCGAGCUUGGACUAUCGGUCUUUUGCUAGUCACCGUCGGCGCUUCGAUGAAUACCCUGUUCUCAUUACGACAGCCUUCUAUCGGUCUUGGCCCUCUGAUCGCCCAAAUCAUUGCCUGGCCCAUCGGCCAAGGCUGGGCCAAAGUGAUGCCAACAAAGCAAUACAACACCUUUGGCCUCAAGUGGAGUCUGAACCCGGGGCCUUUCAACAUUAAGGAACACUCCAUCAUCGUCGUGAUGGCCGGUGUCUCUUUUUCGGUCGCGUACGCCACUGAUAUCAUCUUGGCCCAGCUGGUUUUCUACAAGCAAGACUUUGGUAUCGUCUUCCAGCUGCUUCUCACGAUAUCGACCCAGUCGCUGGGCUACGGCAUCGCCGGCAUCAUGAGAAAGUUUCUAGUCUACCCAGCGGCCAUGAUCUGGCCCGGUAAUCUAGUGUCCGUCACCUUGAUGAACGCCAUGUACGAAGCGAACGACCGACCCGAUCCCAGCUUCAUCGGAGGUAGCAUGCCUCGGUACAAGUGGUUCGGUAUCAUUACGCUCGCCUCAUUCUGCUAUUACUGGAUCCCCGGCUUCCUUGCUCAGUUCCUAAGCAUUAUGGCGUUUGCGACUUGGAUUGCGCCCAACAACGUCGUCAUCAACCAGCUGUUCGGUGGCACUAGCGGUCUUUCACUUCUGCCUUUGACGCUCGAUUGGACUCAGAUUUCGGGUUUCGUUGGUUCUCCGCUUAUCCCCCCUUGGCACGCAAUUGCCAACACCCUCAUCGGUGUUGUUGUUUUCUUCGUCAUCGGCGCCUCAAUCUUCCACUAUACCGAUGUUUGGUACGCCCAAUUCCUGCCCAUGAGUGACUCCGGCACGUACGACAACACCGGCAACCCGUAUAACACCACUCGCAUUUUGACGCCCCAGCUCACGCUCGACCUGGAGGCCUACAAGAACUACUCGCCUCUCUUCAUUAGCACAACUUUUGCUAUUUCGUACGGGCUGUCUUUUGCUGCCAUCGCCUCCCUGGUCGUCUACACGUACCUGCACAAUGGCAAGCAGAUUUGGGCGCAGUACAAAAACAGCAGCAAGGAGAAGCCCGAUAUCCAUAUGAAGCUCAUGCAGAAGUACAAGGAGGCGCCGACUUGGUGGUACAUGGGCCUGUUCGUGAUUAUGCUCGGUCUCGGUUUCGUGACCGUCCUGGCAUACCCGACCAACCUCACCUGGUGGGCUUUCCUCUUGGCCGUGGCCAUCUCCUUUGGCUUCUCGCUGCCCAUCGGCAUCAUUCAAGCCGUCACCAACAACCAGAUCGGCUUGAACGUGUUGACCGAGUUCAUCUAUGGAUACAUUCAACCCGGCCGGCCGCUUGCGCUCAUGAUCUUCAAGACCUUCGGCUACAUCACCAUGUCGCAAUCUCUGGGCUUCGUCUCUGAUCUGAAGUUUGGCCACUACAUGAAGAUCCCCCCGAGAACCAUGUUCAUGUGCCAAGUCGUCGCCACAACCUUCUCGUGCUUCAUCCAGAUCGCGGUUCUCAACGCCGCGCUGAAGAAUAUUCCCGACGUCUGCCAGCCGCACCAGGAGAACAAGUUCUCCUGCCCAGGCGGCCGCGUCUUCUUUGCCGCCUCCGUCAUCUGGGGUCUCAUCGGGCCCGCCCGCAUGUUCUCCCCGGGCCAGGUGUACUCGGGCCUCUUCAUCUUCUUCGGCCUCGGCGCUAUCCUCCCCGUCAUCUUUUACUUUGCUGCCCUCAAGUGGCCCAAGUCGCCAGUCAAGUACCUCAUGGCGCCCCUCAUUUUUGGCGGAGCCGGCUCGAUCCCGCCCGCGACACCCCUCAACUACCUCAGCUGGGGCGUCGUCGGCUACAUCUUCCAGCAUCAUAUCCGCAAGAAGCACUUUGCCUGGUGGUCGCGCCUCAACUACCUUACAUCGUCGGGCCUUGAUCUCGGCCUGGCCCUUUCCACGCUCGUCAUCUUCCUCGCCUUCACGCUCAACGGUAUCGACCCGCCCAAGUGGUGGGGUAACGACAUCGUCACUGCGACCAUGGAUGCUCAGGGCACGGCGAUCCAGUCAAUACCGGCACCUGGCAUGAAAUUUGGUCCGAAGACCUGGUAA